AUGAAGUUCACUCUCGCUUUUGUGCUUACCCUCGUUGCCGCUGCCUCUGCUGCAUCUGUUGAUGUCGGCCUGGUCCAGAGGCAGGACAACUGCGCUUCCAAGGGUGACUUUUGCUGUGCAACUAAGACUGACCAUUGGAAGCCAACUGUGGUGGUUCUGGAGACCGCGGAUGCUGCUCUGGCACAACUUGCAAGAGUACUUACGCGCCUGUUGGCGGCGUCGGUAUGA